AUGGCAGCGGGAAAAGCGCUGUCCCUUUCUGCUAUCACUGUGGCUCUUGGCGGUCGCAUCAACUCCACCGGACGCGGCAAUGGAUUAAAAUCUUUUAUCCGUGAGGGACAGUCUGUCGCAGAAGUCAUAAUUCACCUUAAGAAUCAGGGAGAGGAGACAUAUAAACCUCACGAAUAUGGGAAGACUAUCGUCAUUGAUGGCUCGUCUUCAUGGAAGAUCCAAAAUAAAGAGGGAAAAGUCAUCAGUACAAAGCGUGAUGAAUUAUCUGCCAUUUGUGAUCAUAUGAAUAUCCAAGUCGAUAAUCCCAUGAACGUCUUGACUCAAGAUGCUGCGAGACAGUUUCUGAGCGCUUCUAGUAAACAGGAUAAGUAUAAGCUCUUUCUUCGCGGCACUCAACUUUCUCAGUUGGCACAGGAGUAUGACACAUGCUACGAGAACAUUGUACACACGUCGAGGAUAAUCGAGCAGAAGGGUGCUGUUCUACCUGACCUACGUGCAAGCCUUAAUGAAGCCAAGCAGCGCCUUCGAGAGGCCCAAAAAGCCAGAGAUCAGAAAAAAAAGGAGGUCGAGAUGACGGACGCAAUCAACAAGUUAGCGGAGCUGAAGGCUAGGCAAGUACAGAUUCAACAAAAGCUGCAAGCUGCCCAGGCCGAUUUCGACGCCGAAACCGCGGCCGUGACUCGCCACGAGGAGGAAAUCACAGCCAUGGGAGACGUUACAUAUCUGACUGCCACGAAGGAAGAGCUUAGUAAUGUGCUGAGAAGCAAUAAGCGACUACUGAGGGACAUGUUGAGCGAAGAAAGGGAGAUGCAGACCACGCAUGCUGCGGCUAAAAUUGCUCUAGAGUCGAUCCAGAAGCAGAUCGCCGAUGAAACACGUCGACUCGAAGCUGAUACUCAAGCCAAACGCGACGAAUCCCAACGUCAACUCGAUGAGGCGCGUAGCUCGCUCCUCAUCGCAGAGGAAGCUCUUGCUCCGGUGGUAACGUCGAAAGGCGAAAUUGAUAGCCGUAUUCAAAAGCUAGCGUUAGAAGUGCGAGCUGAAAGUAUAGCCCACUGCCGAGAGAUGGUUCGGAACUGCGAGCUGCAGGAGAAAAAUCAGUAUGCGGCCUUUGGCAAGAACAUGCCCCACAUUCUCGAGCAGAUUAAACGAAUGCGGUGGAAGGGUGAACCUCCUAUGGGUCCUCUGGGUGUCCAUGUCAAGGUUCGCGACCCUCAGAAAUGGGCUGACCUGUUGCGAAGGCAGUUACGUGGGCUUUUGGUUGCUUGGGCUAUUACGGAUGGUGCUGAUCUAUUCCAGCUGAGGAAACUGUUGAAUGAGAACGGAAAUGCCGGUGUGCAGAUUGUUGUCGUAAAGCGAGAUCCGACGUUUGAUUAUACCAACGGAGAGCCGCCCACUCGUUAUUUAACCGCCCUUCGUGCUCUUGAGAUAUCCGACCCUUAUGUUACACAAAUAUUCGUCAACCAGCAUCGCAUUGAAUCUGUCUUCCUGGCUUCUACUCGUGCAGAAAGCGAGGUGAUUCUUCAUGGCUUUUUGGUUCGUCAAUUUCCGGAUUAUCCCCGACCGAGGAAUGAUGCGACCAGGUUGUUACUCAGUGGUCGUGAUAUUACUUCUGAAAAACAUCAACGCGAGCGCGAUAGUUGCCAGAAACGCGUGGACCAGCUUAACCAAGAACUUGUAGCAUCUGAUUAUCUUCAGAGAGAGGAGAGACUUGCCAAUGAAGCUGUCUUGAUAGCUGCAAGCACCCUUAAAGAUUUCGAAGCUGCAGUUCAGGAUGUCUUACCCAUCAAUAUUGCUGGUUUAGAGGACGCCAAGCAGGCUCAAGAAGAGGAAAAACGAGGUCUUGAGGUCCAGUUUGAAGCCCACUAUGCUCGGAAAAGCGAGAUCGACGCAGCACAGAAAGAACUUCUGACCAAGCUAAAAGAUGUCAAGGCUGAUAUUGACGAAUUUGGAAGCAGGCGCGAUGCCAUACAGGCCAAGGCUGAAAAGGUUGCCGAGAAACGUACACAGUAUAGAUCCAAUGUUGCCCAUUACGAGCGUAAGCUCGCCGAUGAAACCACCCGAGUGGAGGAGGCCGAGGCAAACGCAGUGGUCCUCCAAGCAGACUUCCAGGAUUGGACUGAAAAGGCAGCGGAAUAUUGCGACCGGGUGGAGACACGUCGUAAUCCCGAUGAGAUCAAUAGGAAUAUCGAGGCAGCGCAAGCCGCUUUGAAUGAGAGGGAAAGAAGAAAUGGUGCUUCUGUUGAGGAAAUGACGAGGGAAGUCAAUCGGUGGACUGAUCUGCUCGAAAAUAUCCAGAGAGAUAUUCGGCAGAUGGCGUCCCUGGUCAUUGCAUUAAAGAACUCUCUGACGGAGCGCAGCAAGAGAUGGCAUGACUUCUUGCUCCACAUAGCUCUCCGAUGCAAGCUCAUCUUCCAGUCCAAUCUAUCUAACCGCGGAUAUUGGGGUAAAGUCAUUUUUGAUCAUGAAGCAGAAACUCUGGAACUGAGGGUCCAAACCGACGAACAGGCUGCUACGCAAGGUUCUAGGGAGAAGGAUCCCAAAGCUCUGAGCGGUGGAGAGAAAUCAUACUCUACCAUUUGUUUAUUAUUGUCUCUAUGGGAGGCCAUUGGAUGUCCUCUGAGAUGCCUUGAUGAAUUCGACGUAUUCAUGGAUGCCAUUGAAACUGCCAAACAUUCCGAUAAGAAGCAGUAUAUUCUUAUUACCCCUCAGGACGUGACCACUAUCACAAUCGAGAACUCUGUUCGCCUGCAUCGGAUGCCUGAUCCUGAGCGGAACCAGGGCAUAUUAUCCUUCCGCUAG